UUUCUUCCAAAACUGUGAUUGCCCAUCAAACAUGAACAACAUGAAUGCUCCAAAAGAUGAUCUUGAAACAGCUUUGGAAGAAGCUUCAAUGGAGAAUAAGACUUUGAUAAUUGCUAUGAUAAACAAAGCUUAUGUUGAAGGGGAUAACCCUGGAGGAAUGACAAUGUUGGAUUUGUUCUUGGAAGCUUUCUGGCUUGGAGAAGAUACAAUACCAUUGCUCGAUAACCUUCUACUUGUUGCAGUUGAUCAAACGUCCUUUGACCGCUGCAAUUUCCGACGGCUUCACUGUUACAAACUUGUAACAGAUGGAGUUGAUUUCAGUGGAGAAGGGCUCUUCAUGUCUGAGAAUUUUGUUAAGAUGAUGUGGGCAAGAGUUCAAUUCCUUGGUGAUAUCCUCAGACGUGGUUACAGCUUCAUUUUCACGGAUACAGAUGUAAUGUGGUUGAGAGAUCCUUUCAAGAGGUUGAGCAUGGAUGAAGAUGUGGAUUUCCAACUUAGCACUGAUAUUUUCAAUGGCGACCCAUGGUCACAAAAAAACCUCGUCAACACUGGUUUCUACUUCGUCAGACCAAACAACAAGACCAUUGCUUUGUUUGACUCCUGGUAUGCAAAUAGAAACAGUUCAAUGAACGAACAGCAUAUGCUCGAGAAAAUGAAGAAUGAGGGUGUGUUUAAACAGUUGGGGCUCAAAGUGAGAUUCAUGGACAUCAUCCAUUUUAGUGGAUUCUGCAUUGACAGCAGAGAUUUUAAUGCUGUGACAACCGUCCAUGCGAAUUGUUGUCGUGGUGUAAGAGCCAAGGUGACUGAUAUGAUCAUUGCACUUCAAGAUUGGAACAAGUAUAGGAACUCAACUAAUCACACAAUGACAUUUCAAUGGUCCAAUCACUCGGCAUGCAUCGACUCAUGGAAAUUUUGAAGCAAUUCUGUUGAGAAUCCCACAUGUACAGAAUUC